CGCGAUGUAACUGUUCCAUUCCGACGACGGAAGAGGGGUGUCCGCUAUCUCUUACAAGACUACAAAUAUGUUUGGCGUGUAUGUAGCGUAAUCAAACACUGUCUCGAACCGACAGGGCGCCUUUUUAUUUUAACAAAUACAUACGAGGCAAAGAAAGGCUCUGUAUGGCGCGAGUCGCCGCCGCAUUCCGAAUGGACGAUUUCUGUUUUGAGAGUGGUAUGUCCGCUAAUUCCAGUUGGGUCAGAGGAAGAGAAUGUUGACGUUGGAUUCCAGGUAUCUGAACUUGUUUUCAGCAGAUUCGACAUUUAAUUUAAUAGUGUCAAGAGCUAGUUUGUUCCAUAAAGUCCUCGGGAGUCUGUAGGGAUGUCUACCCCGGCGAGGAGGCGGCUCAUGAGGGACUUCAAGAGGUUACAGGAGGACCCUCCUGCAGGUGUCAGUGGAGCCCCAUCAGAAAACAACAUCAUGGUCUGGAAUGCUGUCAUAUUUGGACCAGAGGGAACGCCAUUUGAAGAUGGUACAUUCAAACUAACAGUAGAAUUCACAGAGGAAUAUCCAAACAAACCUCCCACAGUAAGAUUUGUCUCCAAGAUGUUCCAUCCAAAUGUCUACGCAGAUGGAAGCAUAUGCCUAGAUAUUCUGCAGAACCGAUGGAGUCCUACCUAUGAUGUCUCAUCAAUUCUUACCUCCAUCCAGUCUCUGCUAGAUGAGCCGAAUCCCAACAGCCCAGCAAACAGCCAGGCGGCUCAGCUUUACCAGGAGAAUAAACGAGAGUAUGAGAAGAGAGUUUCCACCAUCGUAGAGCAGAGCUGGAGGGACAGCUGACCAGUACAGAAGAAUGACUGGCAGAACUGGUGGCUGAUUGGUCCCUAAAGGGGAUCAGCUCUGUGAUGCUCUCUGUCCAGAAAACACAGAAUGUUGUGGUUAAGGCCUUGCUGGGUGACUGGUGAACAAAUACCCUCUUACUUUUUCUUUUCAUACUUGUAAGCACUUUGACGGUUUGCUUGACAUUACUAUGAAGGGUGUGUUGUGUUAGGUAUUUUAUCAUCACCUGUUCAGGACAUGGAACAUGUUCAUCAUACUGUACAGCUGUACAGACACUGAAACGACAUGAUACUGAAAUGCAUGAUUUGAACACGCCGAGGUCCAGAGCCCUCAUUUGUAAUCAUUUUCUUUGAUAUUGUUCUUGAUUUAAUUGUACAGUAUGAUCACUUCAAAUGAUGUGAUAAAAUCCAAGUUAAAAUCA